AUGGUGCAAGAUACCGAGCAUCACGCACCCGUGUUCGUAUACCAAAGCUACCAUUUCGGCGCUGAAGACGUCGAGCGCUAUGUUCCCGGUGGCUAUCAUCCUACUUACAUCGGUGACCUUUACCACAACGGUCGCUACAAGAUCGUCCACAAGCUUGGCCACGGCACCUUCUCCACCGUCUGGUUUGCCCGCGACACGAUUGAAGAGAAGAACGUGGCAUUGAAAAUAUUAUGCGCUGAUAUACCAACGUUUGAAAUUGAGGGUCCGAAUGGAAAACACCACUGCCUUGUGAUGCCCGUUUCUGCUUGCAGCGCGGCUAGUUCCAAAGACAAGCGUGACUUGGGCCAUUUCUGUUUCCCGAUGCCAGUCGCGAGGUCGAUUGCUGCGCAGGUCCUCCUGGGUCUUGACUACAUCCAUUCUUGCGGUAUAAUACAUGGAGAUUUACAUUUGGGUAACAUUCUUAUCGAGAUCCCUGGGUUAGACCAACUUCCUGAGGACGAAAUCUACUUCCACCUCGGCAAACCCGAAAAGCAACCUCUUGAGCGUAGAGACGGUCUUCCGCUCGGACCAGAAGCCCCGGCUUACUCGGUUUCAUCAGCUAUGUUAGAGGUUGGCUGCGGGACAGAGGUCGACCACCCGAAAAUUCUCAUCUCAGACUUCGGCGAAUCUUUCCUUGUCACCGACAAAGACAAGGAACUGCAUACGUCUGUGAUUCUGCGCCCUCCGGAGGCCUUCUUCGAAGAACACAUUGGGCCGAAGGCGGAUAUCUGGACGAUGACUUGGAGUUGCUGGCAUAGUAGCUGCCUACAUGCCUAGCCAGUUACAACUUCUACAGAGAGGGG